AAAAAAAAAGUGAAUGAAGGAAUAAAUAUAUAAAAAAAAAAAACGUUCACCAUCAUUACUUUUAUUUUUUUUUGUCUAAUAGGAACAACAGAACUUGAUCCAAUUUUGGACUCAAAAUGUGCAGAAUUUUAUUCAAGAAUGGGAGAGAUAUUGCAAUGCUCUUCCUAUAUGAAUGAUCAAGCAAAUAGCCUUUUUCUAAAAGGAUUCAUGAUUAUUCACCUAUUGCCUAAUUGGGAAGAGUUGUUAUCACUUACAAGACCUGAGAAUUGGUGUCCCCAAGCUGUCUAUUAUGCUACUCUUCAAUUUUUAUCAUCUCCACAUCAUCAUCAACUUAAAAGUUUUCUUCAAUGUGUCCUGUUGAAACAAAGUCUUGGAUUUAUUAGAAAUCAUCUAUUUUUGGAUCCUUAUUUGAAUUUAGCACUUAGAAGGGUGAUGAUGGUGAAUCCAUCCUUAUUUUGUAAAGUGAUUUUGAUACCACUAUGUGAUGGACAACAAGGCGGAGGAUGUAGCUUGAAAGAAGCUAGUUUAUUUGGAGAUAUUAUAUUAAAAUCAUAUAUACCAGCAUCAUCAGUAGCCAACACAUUGAUUAGUAUAGCACAACUUUCUGAUCAUCAUUAUUUUAUAUGUCAUAGUGUAUUUAUUAUCUUACUACUAGAAAAAAAAGUUGCUUUACCUUUCCGUGUACUUGAAUGUUUGGUACACCAUUUUUGUAGUAUGAAUCAUCAAUCCAAAAUGCCAUUAUUAUGGUAUCAUUCUUUUUACCUCUUUGUUGAAAUAUAUGUACAUGAAUGUGUAUCAGAACAAAAGGAGAGACUAAUAGAAACUAUUCAAUUAGUAUUUCAUCCUCAAUGGUCUACAUCAAUUCAUCAAAUCAUUUCUAGAACCAUUUACUCAUCGUUGGAUAGUUGUCAACAAAAUGAUUCCACUAUGAUGAUUGAGGAUGAUGAUUCAACCAAUUGGAAUUUAAAUUCUGUGUAACGCCAUUUUCGCAUAAAAAUACUUUCUG